AUGGAUGUGGACAAUGCCAGAUCAAGUAGAGACAUUAAGGAUCUAGAAGUGACCUCAAAUGCUUCAACAAUACACACGAUGAGUAUAAUCAUAAAGAGAUGGAUGCGGAUGUUUGUGGUAUUUGCUGUAUCAAUGGUCAUAUCAUCAAGGCACAGAUUUGGAGAAAUUAUGCCGAAGGAAGUAGAGCUUAUGAAUAGCCAGAUAGGAUAUGCAACAAGAAGGUUUGAUUCAUCGGGUGUUUUGCCUCUUCCAGGUCUUAUUUUGUAUUUAAUUCAUUCGAUAUGUUCAUUUGUGGGUAUUCCAUGGGAUUUGUCAUCGGUUCACACAUACAGGUUAGCCAGCCAGGUAUUGUUUUCAAUUUCAAUGGCACAAGUGUACGAACUGUCUAGAGAAGCAUACAGCAGCAAGAUAUCAUGGAUUAUUGCACUAUCCCACAUACUGCUAUCGGCACGCGACAGAUCUAUAUUUGUUGCAUCUGAUUUACUCUCGGUGUAUUUAGCAUUUCUAGGUUUGGCUCAGCUCAAAAAACAGCGUAUUAUUGCAUCUGGUAUUCUUCUGGGAUUCUCGGUAUCAUCUGGAUGGGCUGCCUUACUGAUUAUGUUGCCUAUGAUAAUGCUGUACCUGACUAGCAUGUUUUCAUUUGUGACCGAUUCUAGAAAUGCACUACGUACAGCGAUGUGUAUGGUGUUUAAAAGAGCGAUAGUAUUCGUUGCUGUUCCAAUGUCAAUAUAUCUGCUGUCUUUCUAUGCUCAAUAUGCAAUCCAGAACAUACACUCAGAGCAUGCGAAGGGAUUUUCAAUAGAGUUCCAGGCAUCACUGCACGGUAGUACAAACACGCCUUCAGACAAGUAUCUCAUGGACAGAAGCAAUGUGAGUAUUCUAAAUCAGAAGCACCGCUCGUAUCUUGUUAUGAAAGACGGCAUGCUGACAUGUUCUGAACAUCAAGACAGCAGCUCCACAUGGACGAUAAUUAAGCUUCAUCUGAUGAGCAGCAAGGAGUCAAGCACAGAAGAAGACAGAUACAUUCAGAAUGGGGAUCUUGUAAAGAUAGUCAAUACAGACACAGCAAUGUGUUUGAGAGUUGCAUCACAGGACAAAGAAGAUAAGUUCAAGAGUGUUGUUGGAUUUGCACAAGCCGAGAGCCAAGCAGACGAGGAUGAUAUCUGGCAGGUGAUUGGAGAUUCCUACAUUUUUUCCAGAACGUCUCUUAUAAGAUUCAAGUAUUACAAGACAUCUGCUGAGCUGUGCGUCAGGAAUCUCUGCACAAAUAAUGAUGGCGAUAAUAGCGGUGGGCCAAACGACAAAAAAGAGCUAUUGCAGUCUGCAGAUGCAUCAUUGCAUAGCAGUCACGACUCCAGAUUGUUCUACAUAAGCGACAACAGAAACCAUGAAUUCUUCAGAGCAAGGUUUUCCGAUGGUCGUCCAAAACAGUCUGUUUUCUAUUUCCCAGCUAAGGGACUCUUUGCGAAGACUGUUGAACAUCAUUUAAAAUCUCUAUUCCAUCGUCAGCUGUCUGACAGUACGUGGAAUGUGCUCAGGAGAUACUUCACUGCUUUAUUAUCUAAAAAUGCAUUGUAUUCAAUUGACAGCAGCUUGCUGCUUGAUCUCUUGGUAUCUGCAGCAUCUAUUUCCUUUGUAUUAGUUAUUGUAAUAAACCAUGUGCUUUACAUGAAGUAUGGAGUGAACAUCAUGAGGCGCUUCAGCGGCAUAGAUGCGAGUGCAGAUCAUGUUUUCGUAAGCAUCGCGUAUGUUUGUGCAAUAUUCGCAAGUGUUACGUUUGGUGUAGGCAAUUAUUUUGCGAAGAUUCUCAAUGUAUGGAUUGCAUUGGGAUUUGUAUCAUUCUGUGGAGUUUGGUAUGUUAUUGUUGCGUUUUCAAUAGUUGCCGCAUUAUCAGUUAAUGCAUUCAUAUCGAGUAAUAUAUAA